CAAGCCGCAAUGCCGCAUCACCUGCAACUUCCAGCCAGCGAAGCAAACCUAAUCACUCGCCUGCACCUACACACACCAUGAUCUGCCGAACUUGUCUCCGACGAGCCGCAGGGCUUAGUGCCCGGCAAAUACCGGCCGCCCGAGCUUUCAGCACAACCCUCGGGGCGCGCAACGCGGCCCCGUCGCCAGUCGCGGCCGCGCCCGCACCCACAGCAGCCGCAGCAGCCGCAGCAGCAGCAGCAGCAGCAGCAACGGCCAGCGCCGAGUCGACACCCGACCUCAAGCCGCUGACGCCGCCGCCGGCCGACGCGAAGGCCGCGCCACGCUCGUCCUGCCCCGCGGGCACGGUGCUCAACGGCCUGAACUACUUCAAGGGCAAAUCCGACCCGGUUGCGCUGGAGGACGACGCCUACCCGGACUGGCUGUGGAACUGCCUCGAGGUGCAGAAGAAGGCGACCGACACGUCCGACACGGACGUUGGCGACGAGUUCUCCAAGUCCAAGAAGCAGCGACGGCUUGCGCUCAAGCGGCAGCGGCAGCAGGAGGCCAAGCUGCUGGCGUCGGGCGACCUGGAGGCGCUGGCGCCCAAGAUCCCGCUGCAGAAGCAGACGGUCAACCUGCCGGCGGCGGAGCCGGGCAACCUGCGGCAGGCCAUCGAGGCGGUCGAGAAGCGCGAGGAGCUGCGCCAGGCCAUGCGCAAGGAGCGCCGCGCCAAGAUCAAGGAGAGCAAUUACCUCAAGGCCAUGUAAGGCCUCCCGUGGUUUUGGGGGGGGAAGGGGCGCUC